AGGGAGAAGGAGAGGGAGCAGCUUGCUGCCUUACGGAAACACCAUGAGGAAGAGAUUGAUCACCACAAGAAAGAGAUAGAGCGGCUGCAGAAGGAGAUCGAGCGUCAUAAGCAUAAGAUCAAGAAGCUGAAAGACGAUGACUAG